AUGGAGGAAAAGUCAAACGGUUCUGUUGACCUAAAAAGCCCUGUGGAAAAUGGUCAGCUUCCUGACCCUGCCAACUGGGGCGUUGUUGAUGUGGUCAAUUACUUCAAAGCCACGGGAUUUGAAGAGCAGGCUACUGCUUUUCAAGAUCAGGAAAUUGAUGGAAAGUCUCUUCUCCUGAUGACACGUAACGAUGUGCUGACUGGCCUGUCCAUAAAGCUAGGACCUGCACUCAAAAUCUAUGAAUAUCAUGUAAAACCAUUGCAGACUCAACAUUUGAAGAGCAAUGCGGGAUAG